AUACUAUGGCACUUAAACGUUUCUAUAUGCGAAAUAUUUAUGGUAAAGAUAUAGACAAUGAGAUUUGGGAUAAUCUUUGCAAUAAAAAGUUUGUAAAACAUUUCAGUCCGCCUGAACUUCGGAAACAUUUCUUGCGGUUAUCUCACUUUAGAAAGCAAGGCUAUGAUGAGGAAAGUGCAAUGAAAGGGUUAGAGGUCAAAGAUAUUGCGCAAUGGGAAGAUAGCCAUUAUAAAGCUAGAUAUAAUUCUGAAAAAUCAGUAGCGGAGGACUUGCACAAAUCAUAUUCAGCUAAUCAUUGGAAAGUUAUAAGGGAACUCUUUCAAAUACUAGGCUUUACUGGCAUAGAUGAUAAGUGUAUUCUUUCUAGUAAUAUAGUAUCAGAAACAUUUACACAAUCUUACGAAAGGUUUAUAGUAGCUCUGGAUCAGUCCCUAUUACUCUUCGAAUUUAAGUCUCAUGCUAAAGAAAUAUCAGAUUUUAAUUCAGCUAUAAGGGCAAUUAAUGCAAUUGCUGGGAAUUGGUGUGGUUAUACUGUAAAGAUAAAUAGGAAAAAAAUAGGAUCUAAAGAACAACGAGUUUAG